UCUUCUGUCUCUCCAGUCUCACUAAAAUGCAGUAAUAGCUCACUGUCCUUUCCAUCUCUCACUCACUCUCUCUCUCUCUCGUAAGCUGGAUGUGUUCGCUAGAUCUCUCAUAAAAUCAACAAUUUCUCCUCCUAUUUCUCUCUGCAACUUUCUGCUAAUCAGUUCUGAUUACCAUAUUAAAAUGUAAUUAUUUUAUCGGAUGAUGAUUAUGCUUUUGCUCCGUUUAGUUUGAUCGUGUCGCUAAAGCUUCUUUUGAUUCGAUACGUUUCGUGGACCAGUAUUCACGUGGUUUCCUUGAUCUGAAUGUGAAAAAAUAGGAGCUGCAAAGGAUUGGGAUCCGGCUUUUGCUGCUCCUCUCUCUCUCUCUCUCUGUCUGUCUCUGUCUCUCUCUCUCUCUCUAUCUCUCUCUCUCACUCACUCUGCGGUAAAUCUUCUUGAUUUAUUUUUUCCUCUUUUGGCUGUCUCUAUCAAUCGGUGUUUGUUAACUGCAUAAGUUUCAUUAGUAAUAACUUUGAUGUUCAUGGCUGUGGCUUAUACAUGUUUGGUGUUCUUGAUAGAUAGUUAUGUGUAUUGUAUUUAGAGGUAGCAAUCAUGUUCAGAAGCUGAAUUUAGUUUUUCUUUCUUUUGUCGAGUCGUGAUUUUUCUUUUUUUGCUCUUAUUCUUUGAAGGAGGCAUGUAGAGUUCUUCUAGCGGGCGGCGGCCUAUUGGAGUUUCCCUUUAUUCUGUUUGAUAGUCUCUGCCUGCUGAAUUGACACCUGAUUGGAGAAAAUGAGGGUGUUGGAGCUUGGGUGUACAACUCUAAUUUUGUUGGCUCUCUUUAUCAUUGGGAGAGCUGAGGUUUACAUAGUUACAAUGGAAGGAGAGCCAAUUAUAAGUUACAAAGGCGGUGAGAAUGGUUUUGAAGCUACUGCUGUGGAAUCUGAUGAGAAGAUUGAUACAACAAGUGAACUGGUCACAUCCUAUGCUCGUCACCUUGAGAACAGACAUGACAUGCUUCUUGGCAUGCUCUUAGAGCGCGGAACUUACAAGAAACUCUACAGCUAUAAACAUCUAGUAAAUGGCUUUGCAGUUCAUAUGUCCCCUGAACAGGCAGAAACCCUAAGACGUGGUCCAGGUGUGAAAUCUGUGGAGAGAGACUGGAAGGUGAGGAGGCUCACAACACAUACCCCACAGUUUUUGGGGCUUCCAACUGGUGUAUGGCCAACAGGUGGUGGUUUUGACAGGGCAGGAGAGAACAUUGUAAUUGGCUUUGUGGACUCAGGCAUUUAUCCACAUCAUCCAAGCUUUGCAACUCAUAAUACUGAACCAUAUGGGCCUGUUCCAAGAUACAGAGGAAAAUGUGAAGUUGAUCCUGAUAGUAAGAGGAGCUUCUGUAAUGGAAAGAUAAUUGGAGCCCAACAUUUUGCUGAAGCUGCAAAAGCAGCCGGCGCAUUCAAUCCUUCUAUUGAUUUUGCUUCACCCCUGGAUGGUGAUGGACACGGAAGUCACACAGCAGCUAUUGCAGCUGGAAAUAAUGGUAUUCCUGUGAGAAUGCAUGGCUAUGAAUUUGGGAAAGCAAGUGGAAUGGCUCCCCGUGCCAGGAUUGCGGUGUACAAGGCUCUGUACAGGCUUUUUGGGGGUUUUGUUGCAGAUGUGGUAGCUGCAAUUGAUCAGGCUGUUCAUGAUGGGGUGGAUAUACUCAGCCUCUCAGUUGGGCCAAACAGUCCUCCAGCAACCACUAAGACCACAUUUUUGAAUCCAUUUGAUGCUACACUUCUCGCAGCUGUAAAAGCGGGUAUUUUUGUUGCUCAGGCAGCUGGAAAUGGAGGUCCUUUUCCAAAAACCUUGGUUUCUUACAGCCCAUGGAUAGCAACUGUAGCAGCAGCAGUCGAUGACCGUAGAUACAAGAACCAUCUGACACUUGGGAAUGGAAAAUUAUUACCUGGGAUUGGAUUGUCGCCUUCUACUCACCUGAAUGAAACAUUCACUAUGGUUGCUGCAAAUGAUGUGCUUCUGGAUUCUUCAGUAAUGAAGUAUAGUCCCUCAGACUGCCAGAGACCAGAAGUAUUUGAUAAGAAGUUGGUUGAGGGAAAGAUUCUUCUUUGUGGCUAUUCUUUCAAUUUUGUUGUUGGUACUGCAUCAAUCAAGAAAGUCUGGGAGACAGCCAAGAGUGUUGGUGCAGUUGGCUUUGUUCUUGCUGUGGAAAAUGUUUCUCCAGGAACAAAAUUUGAUCCUGUUCCUGUUGGUAUUCCUGGAAUCCUUAUCACUGAUGUCACUAAAUCACAGGAUUUAAUAGAAUAUUAUAACAUCUCUACGUCAAGGGAUUGGACUGGACGGGUGAAGAGCUUCAAAGCUAUAGGUAGCAUUGGAGAUGGUUUGAUGCCCAUACUGCAUAAAUCAGCACCACAGGUGGCGAUAUUCUCUGCUCGAGGGCCCAACACUAAAGAUUUCAGCUUUCAAGAUGCAGAUCUUCUUAAACCUGACAUACUGGCUCCUGGUGCCUUAAUUUGGGCAGCUUGGUCUCCAAAUGGAACAGAUGAGCCUAAUUAUAUUGGGGAAGGAUUUGCCAUGAUAUCUGGAACUAGCAUGGCUGCACCACAUAUAGCAGGAAUAGCUGCUCUAGUGAAGCAGAAGCACCCUCGUUGGAGUCCUGCUGCUAUAAAAUCAGCUUUGAUGACGACAUCAACAACGCUGGACAGGGCAGGAAGGCCCCUUCAAGCACAGCAAUAUUCUGAAACAGAGGCAAUGAAGCUGGUUACAGCUACACCUUUUGAUUAUGGAAGUGGUCAUGUCAAUCCAAGGGCUGCAUUGGAUCCGGGACUCAUUUUUGAUGCAGGCUAUGAGGAUUACCUGGGAUUUUUGUGCACAACACCCGGGAUCGAUGUCCAUGAAAUUCGGAACUACACAAACUCACCUUGCAACUACACCAUGGGCCAUCCUUCAAAUUUCAAUACCCCAUCAAUCACAAUCUCCCACCUAGUGGGAACUCAAUCAGUCACUCGUACAGUAACUAAUAUUGCCGAGGAAGAAACAUAUGUGAUGACAGCUAGAAUGGACCCAUCCAUUGCCAUUGAAGUGAAUCCUCCGGCAAUGACUCUUAGACCGGGUGCAUCACGAAAAUUCUCUGUGACUCUCACUGUUAGAUCAGUUGCUGGAACCUACAAGUUUGGGCAAGUGUUAAUGAAAGGUAGCCGCGGACACAAAGUUAGGGUUCCAGUGGUAGCUUUGGCGCACUGGCGAUAGUUUGAUAUCUACAUUAAGGUUUUUAUGGUUGUAUUAUUCUUUCUGAUAUAUGGUAAUAAGAUAGAGAUGUAGAGAUGUAUUGUCUAAAAUAUGCAUGUGGAAUAGAUGUAAAGAUAACUGGUAUAAGGGGGGGGAAACUCCCUUGUUUUUUAUGAAGUUUUGCUAAUUUUUGCUA